AUGCCCAGUUGCCGUGGGAACCGCGACCUUGGCUGAGCUAACCCAGGUGUCGAGCCGCAUGGGCCCACCCGAGGAGUCAGCCGGCUCUACCGAGUCGUCGGCCACCACCCGGACUCCGGUGCCCACCGUGUCGCCCGUGUCCCCCGAACUGCCGGUCUCUCCGGGGCAUGUCGCGGAGCCGCCGGGCAAGAACCUGUGGGAGCAGAUUUGCGAGGAGUAUGAAGCAGAGAUGCCUCCCUUUCCAGAGAGAUAUAAAGUCAAACGAGAAGCUGUGAUGAAUGUUUCGCCAGUGGCAGAAACGGUUUUCCAUGGCUUCAAUAGAGAGCACUUUUUUUCAGUUCCCCAUUUCACCAUGGUCUCACAGACGCCUUGUCCUCAGGUGAAAUCGAAAACAAUGGAUUCCAAAACAUGUUGCCCCAAAGACUAUUUGGAAACUUUCAUCUUUCCAGUUUUGCUUCCUGGUAUGGCUAGCCUGCUUCACCAAGCAAAGAAUGAAAAAUGUUUUGAGAGGAAAAGAACGAAGUUCAUUGCCUGUGAUUUUCUCACCGAGUGGUUAUACAAUCAUAAUCCAAAGAGGAUAGACGAGCCAUUCACAGAAUUCUUCUCCAUUCCAUUUGUGGCCGAGUGGCUGAAGCAUCAUCCCCGGCCGCCAAUCCCCCUCUCCCUUCUGCUGACAGAAGAGGAAGCAGCGCUCUUCAUUCAGUCCUUCUGGAGAGGCUAUCUGGCUCGCUGUGAUCCUGAGAUUCAAGAAUUGCGUCAGUGGCAGAAGAAACUGCAUGAGGAGAAACACAUUCGCCAGCGAGUCAAAAUUUUCUGGGCCAAACAAGAACGAAAAGUGAAAUGCAAAAUGGAGGACGAUGAGGUGGCUGCAGCUAAGAUCCCACCACCUUAACCACUGUCGAUGUCUUUUCCAGUCUGAGCUCCAGGUACCCUGUGCAAGUAGAAUGUCCAAAUUACGUUUCCUCCAUUUGUGAUUUCUUUAAUGAUAAGACCCAGUACAUGAGAAAGCGGAAUCUCUUCCACCCAGAUUGGGAGGAUUCAUUGCAAACAUACUUUUAGUAUAGUUUAUCAGAAGAAAGUACCAAAGUCUAAACUUUAUGCAAAACAUCCAAAAAUUUCAUUCUUUCAUCGAGUUAAUCUCCUUAGCGCUUCUGGAGGCUCCUUCUAUACCAACCACCACUAAAAUGUACAGUUAACGGUAGUUCCAAGAAACAUUGAAGUGCUCUUGUUACCAGUUUCCCAGCUGCCUUUGCAAUUAAACUCCCAGAUCUCUAAAUUGGGUUUUCAGUUUACCUGGUGACUACUAUCUUCAUUAAAAAAAGACAUCAUUGCCUGUGACCAUUCCCAAAGGAGGCAGGCUCUUAACUUUUACUGCAAACCCAACAAGAUAUGACACUUAAGCCCAGAUAACAACAGUGAGAGGUCUUUGUUGUCUGGGCCCCACAAUUAUUAUAGAAAUUUCCUCAUUUUAUGGGUAAAGUUAACUUAUUGCCCUCAUUUGUUCUGUAGUUUGCUGUUAAUCAGAAUUCUCCCAUUCAAAAAUGCCAGACUCGCCCCAGGGCAGAUUCAAAAGCCCUGAGUUGGGGUGGGUUGGGUUGUUUCGACAAGCUACCACACGUCUUAAGUAAAUAGUAAAGCCUUUAUUUGUGUUAAGAACAGCAUUUUGAAAAUAAAACCUAUCUGCCUAUGCUUUACAACCUUUUAAAUUUGUAAUAUUUAUAUAUAGUCAUUUAUGGUACACAUUGAUUGUCUUGAAACCUCUUUAACGAUUUUUUUAUAAGUAUGCAACAGUCAGCCAGGGGAGGAGAAACAUUAUAAAACACACAUUAAUAUAUUUAAUAAAUAUAUAUUAUCUAUCAAAAACGAGCCUUAGCUCUUUAUCAAUUAAUAAAAAGCACCUGCCGAGAACUCCUGUAAGCUGGUAUACUCAUCGCAUCAUUGGAUUAUAAAAGCCACAAUGCUCCGUUUCACUGGGGUUCAGCCUGAGUCAUUCCACUCAGCCUUGGCUAACCAAGAAGCUGUUGACUGAAGACCAUGCCAAUUUCACCCUUGUUCAGGCAGCCCUGCCGGAGUCUGUGAUGAAAGCACUGGAUCUCCAGCUUUCAACCACCGGAUCUUAAAACCUAGACACACUUGAAUGAGACACGUAGAACUUUCCAGUUUGUAAGUUUUCAGAACUGAUUCCCUCACUCCCCACCCGCCCUCCAUCUGCAGCGGAGAACUCCAGGAUGGAAUGACAGUUUUCCAUGAAAAGGGAGGACAGAGUGGCUGUUAUAGUCCCCAAGUGAUUUUAAUAAACAGACACAGAAAGAGUUGUGCUUACAAUUAGGUAUUUUGAUCACAGAUGCUCUUCUUCCAAUCAUUUUCCGCAAACAAGUCUUGUUUACAUAAACAGAUCUUGAACAGAGGUGCCAUUUAAUCCUGUAUUUAAACUCUGCUCCGUGGGGGCAGCUAGCAGCCACAGUCUUUUGGCAAAGAUGGCUCUUUGUACUCAUCAGGUGAAGUCACUAGAAAAAUACGUUCUCUCCCUUCUCCCAUCACGCCCCGCUUCCGCCCCAACUGUGAGGCCACUGAGCUCACUCUCGGUCUUAAGACCAACAAAAAACAAAACCCAGAAGCAUAACAACACACCAGAGAUUAAAAAGUGGGGGGUAGGAAGGGUCUCAUUAAGUGAGUUUCCCGUGGCUUAAAGAUGGCUCCACUUUUCUGGUGGUGAAAGGUUACUUCCCACUUAUCACCACUUAGGCCGUGCUCACCUUGUACCUUUGGACAACAAAGAACUGAGAGACAAAGCGACCAUGUGAACGGCUCCCUCUGCAAGGGGGGAGGCCUGUAGACCAAGUCACUGGCAGGAUCAUAGAGCUCCAAAGGACUCCAGGGAGCGGGGGUGAGCAACCAUUUCCUGGCACGAGAAUGUGUAAGGCUGUCGUUUUGCACUGGAUUGGACUGAGGUGUUCGGAGAUCUCUUACUCGCCAGAAUACUGGGUCUGCAUGCAACCACCCCCG